UUUGGAUCCUGGCUGGCCACACCGGGACAUGGGACACCUCGUACACUUUGCCAUAUUUGUCAUACCUUCAGCCAGUCAAUCUUGUACCGGGGAGAUAGGUGGGGCCCGAAAUUUGUAACCGGCGAUGAAGGGAGUGAGAGCCGGUAGCCGCCUUCACAUAAUUUAUUCUCCAGAAUGAGGUGUCUGCCCAUGAUUUCCCGGUGAUAACUACCAUCACCUGUCCGCUGCCAUAACUCUUCCAUUCGGACUUUCGUGAUACCACUAUAUUGGAAUCUAGUUUUUGUGCCUGUAUUCCCAAACAGCGCUCGGGUCGGGCCAGGAAGCUAGCAGUAAAGGCAGAGCGUCUAUCAUGGCCCAAACAAACGAUAUUCAGCCCCCUUUGGGGAGCAACAAUCCCAAUAUUGACCAUCCAGCUUCCCUCGACCGUCCCAUGUUCUGUUCUGAAUGGCCUGUAUCUUCUCCAAGCGGAUACAAAAUCACGGACCACAUGGUAAACGAAGCUUUCCCGGAACGACCAUCCUUUAAAAUUGCCAUGCUUGGUGCCGGCGCCGCUGGAAUUGACUUUCUUCAUCACGCAAUCCUCGCGUUCAAAGAUGAUCCUGAUGUUGACUUGGUCGUGUGCGAGAAAAACCACGAUAUUGGGGGUACGUGGUUGGAAAAUCGAUAUCCAGGCUGUGCGUGCGAUGUCCCUAGCGCGAGCUAUCAGUUCCCGUGGAGACCAAAUCCUGGCUGGACUAUGUACUACAGUACAUCCAGGGAAAUUUGGGAAUAUCUCAGGAAAAUCGUCGAUGACGAGGGGAUGAUGAGGUAUAUAAGGCUACGGACCGCGAUUGUCCAUGCAGCGUGGCAGGAACCCAAAUCCAAAUGGGUCCUGCAUCUUGUGGAAAGGAAUGAAAAAGAUGAAGUGGUGAGAGAAUGGGACGAAGAAUUUGAUAUGUUCCUGAGUGGUGCUGGAAUUUUAAAUGCUUGGAAAUGGCCGGAUAUUCCUGGCCUGCACAGAUUUAAAGGGCGGCUCUUCCACACUGCACGAUAUGAAGAAGGUUUCGAUCUCAAAGGAAAGAGUGUUGCCGUCAUUGGCUCAGGGAGCUCAGGAGUCCAGACAGUCGCUGCGAUUUAUAAUGACGUUUCGAAGCUGUAUACUUGGGUAAGGACACCAACAUGGAUCACACCUGGAUUUGCGCAGAAGUAUGCCGGGCCCGAUGGAAAGAAUUUCGCAUAUAGUGAAGAGCAAAAGGAUAUCUGGAGGGCCUAUCCGGAGAAGUAUCGCAGCUAUCGUAAGAUGAUAGAGGACGAGCUUAAUGGACGUUUCCGGUUUGUUUUGAGAAAUAGCAAAGAGUCUGACGAUGCCAUCCUGUUUUCACACAAAGAAAUGUCAUCGAAACUCGGUAAUAAUACUCACCUGAUAUCUAAGAUCAUUCCCCAAAACUUUAACGUUGGCUGUCGCCGACCCACCCCUGGAAACGGAUAUCUUGAGGCCCUCGUCGGCUCAAAAACAACCUGUUACACUGAAAAUAUCGGCGGGAUAACUCCUAACGGCUUCCUUACUACUGACGGAACGGAAGUUAAUGUCGACGUGAUAAUCUGUGCCACAGGCUUCGAUACCACCUUCCGCCCACGAUUCCCAAUAAUAGGUCUGGAUGGGAAAAAUAUCGCCGACCGCUGGAAAAACAGGGCGGAAAGUUAUAUCUCGGUUUCAGUGUCGAAUGUCCCGAAUUAUUUCAUGUACGGUGGUCCAUACAGCCCCGUGGCUCAGGGAUCAAUUCUGCCGAUUCUCACGUUAUUAUCCAACCAUUUUAUCCAGGUCAUCAAAAAAAUGAGAAAAGAACACAUUCGCCGCUUAAGUCCCAAAGAAAGCGCGAUGAGAGACUUUGUUGAGCAUGCCUCUGUGUAUCUCCAGCGCACUGCUUGGGCAGAUCCAUGCAGCAGCUGGUUCAAGCAAGGCAAAAUAGAUGGCAACAUUGUCAUGUGGCCGGGUAGUCGACUGGCUUUUUUUGAUCUGAUCAAGGAACCGAAGUAUGAAGAUUAUGAAAUCGAGUAUUGGAGCGGCAAUCGUUGGGGAUACCUGGGAAAUGGGUUUAGCACCGUGGAGUUCGACGGGAGUGAUAUCAGUUCAUACUUGAAUUGUGAACUGUUUCCUCAGGAGCCCGCUGCUUCAAAACAAGAGGAGAAGGUGGAAAGUAACCCUCUGCAUAGCCCGGCCAAGGAUUCGCUUAAGUCGAAGGAAUUCGACUCCCUGGGGCUCCUACAGGAUACUCCCGGGUUUCAGGUGGCAGUCUGUCCUAACUGA